CAAACCUUAAAUGCUCUUGUUACUGUCAAGGCAGACUUGCAGGGCUGGAAUAUUUUUCGUGUGGGUUGUAUGUUGUGCUUGUAAUUCUGAAGCGGGCAAGACUUGAUGGGUGUGUAACAAAUGUUAGUGUGAAGUGAUGCGUGGGCAGCUGUAUGCAGUAGUGUCUGGGCUCUUUGCAGCCCUUGCAAGUUUAUGUGGAAAAUAUGCAAUGGCAAGUUCUGAGGCUCAAGACCUAUGUGAAGCUACACUUAUGGCUUUUAACUAUGAUGAGGAUGCUACAAAAAAGAUUGAUUUGCUUUGUGAUCAGUAUGCAGUUGUGUUGCGUGUCCUGUUCUUUGGCCUCAUGGUAGGGGUAAACUGCAUUAUGUGGACAACAUUUACAAAAGCUCUUCGUUUCUCAUCAACGUCUUUAGAAGCUACUAUUACCAACACUGCUGCAAACUUUUUCUUUACG